AUGUCAGUGGCAUGGCUGAGGGUGGACACGCAGACUAUCUUGACGAUAGCCCAUCACGUGAUCACGAAGAAUCACAGGAUCGGCGUGACGCACACCGAGCACAAGACCUGGUGUCUGCACAUACGCGACGUACGCGAGUCCGACCGGGGCGCGUACAUGUGUCAGAUAAAUACCGACCCGAUGAAGAGUCAGACCGGCUACUUGGAAGUUGUAGUCCCACCUGACAUUUUGGAUUAUAUGACAAGCACGGAUAUGGUGGUCAGAGAAGGCAGCAACGUUACAUUGAAAUGCGCUGCCAAAGGGUCUCCGGCGCCGAAUAUCACUUGGAGGCGAGAGGACGGAGAAACGAUACUUCAUAAUAAUAACGCAGACAUGAAAGUGGUGGAAGGGCCGACGUUCAAUAUUACUAAAAUAAACCGACUGCAGAUGGGUGCAUAUUUAUGCAUCGCAUCGAAUGGUGUGCCGCCUACAGUCAGUAAAAGGAUAAUGGUCACAGUACACUUUAGUCCAAUGAUAUCUAUCCAGAAUCAGUUGGUUGGGGCACAAGUGGGACAAAGAAUGACGCUCGAGUGCAAUUCAGAAGCCUUCCCGAACUCGAUCAAUUAUUGGACGAAGGAGAACAACGAGAUCAUAAAAAGCGGCGACAAGUACGAGCAGUCCCUGUCGGACAACACGUACAAAGUGCAUAUGAAGCUAACGAUAUUAUCGGUGGAAAUGUCCGAUUACGGAACGUACAAAUGCAUAUCAAAGAAUUCUCUCGGGGAAACUGAUGGCAGCAUUAAGCUGUACGGUAAGUACACGUUCGACCUUUAUAUUUGA